AUGAGACUCAACAUCGCCCGGACUCGCUCAAAGACUUCGGCUUCUGCUUCUGCUUCUCUGGCAGACUCGGCGACUCCCAGUCCCACCCAGUCGACGCACGAAACCUGCACGUCUGCUGGGGGUGCCACGUCGGUGAGCGACCCUGAUGAUUACGCUGACACCCUGGCCGCCAAACCCGUGUCAUCAGCAACCAUGAGGUCCAAAUCCAACACCACAACCACAAACACCACUACUCCCGCCUCGGCUGAUCGACGCAGUUCUCGUGGUCGACGAGCUUCUAGCCGUGUGCGCAAGCCGACUGCCAAAGCGCAAGCUCUAGGUAGCACUAAAAGGUACUCGCCGCCACCGUCCGGUACGAUUAUAAUAGGUCGGUUAUCUCCAGAGCCCACACCAUCUUCCAGCAAGGAGCCAUUGUCGAAAUCUCCUGCGCCCAAAGAGACACCUGAGAAGGCCCAACCACCCCCAAAAGUGCUGCAGACCCCAUCGGCAGCAAAUGUCAACGGAACUAAAACCCCGUCUCCCACUAAAGUCGCUGGCCGAGAGGUACCAGUUUCUACUGUCGACACCCCUUCUCGGCGGACCUCCCAGAGGGAACGCAAACCCACCGCAAAGGUAUUGUCAGAAACGGUGGUAUCUCAGAAGCGUCCCGCCACCGACGAAGCCCAGGACGCUCCUGCCCGCAAAUCCGCCAGACUCUCCCACUCGGCUGCUAGAGUCCCAUCAAAGCUCCGAUACUCUAUCUCUGCUGAGAACAGUGAAGUGGAUGAUGUCGUCGAGGUCGAGCAGGCUCCUGAACCCGACGAUACGUCCACCGACAAAUCCAAAAUUGUCGUCUUAAAGUCCAAGCGACUAGCCGAAGUGUUUGGCCCUCCGCCAAAGCCAAAGCCAAAGGCAAAGCCGGAAACCAGCUCUCCUGCAUCCAAAAGAAAAUCAAAACGGAGGUCUCAACGCCUCAUUGCCAAUCCUGAGGAACCUGUUGCAGAGCCUGAUCCAGAUCCUCUCGAAAUACCUGGUUCGUGCGACCUGACUUGCCUUUCUCCGUCGUCCCGGCUACUGGCAUUUGCAGAAAUUGCCUUGCAGAUGCCGGAUGGGGAAGACGAGAAUGAAAAAACCGUUCCCGGGAGUGUUUACGACUGGCGUAUGUACACGCAGGUUUGGUGUCAGUGUGAGAAAGACGAGGACGCCAAUUCUGAUCGCACAGACUCGGUCGAGCUUGCACGAGCAUUGAUGCCAAACCCGGUCUCUUCAGGCACAAUCUUUGACCCGAUUGAUCUAACCUCGCCAAAUCCUCUCGAACCUGAAUUGCUGUCGGCGCCUGUCAACACUAUCCUCCGUGCAACUGACGCAGAAAGACUCUCUCAGCUCUACACUCCACCCAGCCACAACUCAAGCCAAACACCAAACGGCACUCCGGCACCAAGUGGCAUGGGAACUCGGAAUGAUUUUGGGGCUGGUGCCUCUUAUCGACCCUCCGAGACCUAUUCACCCGUUUAUGAAGCGCCGAAUCACAACAUGGUUUCAAUACCUCACUCUGCGGCAGCGAGACGAACAUAUGAGGAUCGACUCAGGGAUGAUCACAACGCCCUGACCGACAUCCGCAAGAGGGCGGCUGCCCGCGGGAUAUCGUGGAGUUUUAACAUGACGUUCGAUGAUAUCCACGCACUGAUCAUGGAAGCGGAAGAGCGGGAACAACAAUUGCAACAACGAGUACAAUAUCAGCAGAAAGCCAUGAGUCCACCACAGAAUGUGAUUGAUCGUGCGUACGGACACUCUGGUUCACAGCCUUCGCCCGCGCCUGGCGGAUUUGGGGUGCUCUUGCCUCCAAGAACAUCACACCGUGGACGAAGAGCUACGUUCGGUCCAUUGGGUCCAUUGAAGCGCAAGACUACUCUUGCGGCCCCUGUCGUAGCCAACGGAGCGGCUGAGGUGGUCCCAGAGCGACUGACGCCGAAGACUACGCACAGUAACAUCAGCUUUGUCGAAGAAAACACAUCACCGAAGCCUUUGGGAGACCGUCGACCUUCAUCGUCGACUCGACCGAAGAGUUCCAGGUUUCGAGUGGAUCCGAGGGGAUUGCGAGGAGAAUCUCCCGGACCAGGAACCAUCAUCAACAUGUAUGAGAAACUUGAAGCGGCCGAAUACAUGAGGCAGGCAGCUGAACGUGACAACCGUGGAAGGGCUUUGAGAGGGUUUGAGGGAUAUCAGAAGCGCGAGGAAGAAGAGAGAAAAGAGGGUUGGCCGAGAAAAGCAGCAGAGAGUCACGGAUUGAAUGGACAUGGACACAAUCGGGUUUGA